AUGAAGAGCACAAAGAGGAUGAAGACGCAGGCUUUGACGCUAAUGCAUUUAGACGGGAAAAGAAAAUACAUAGGCACAGGCAACAACAUUUACAGAAAAGUUGUUAUCAACCCGACCUCAGAAGACGAUUUACAAAAAUUCUGUAGAAAUUAUUUUAGAAUAUAUAAUUUCUCUCUAUACAACUUUAUCCGAAGACUGAUAUCGCUAGACGCGGUCGUUGUAUAUUCGCUCUUCCUAACGGUUUAUGUAUUUUCCGAAAUUAGCCAAGGGAUAACCAAAAAGUUUAUUUUUAUGGAUACAGCCAUUUCUAUGUUUCUGAACAUUGCCAUUUUGGUAGUCACGGAAACGCUUUACGAGUUGAAGCAUCUGAAGGAUAUAAAGGAUGCGAAUUCGCAGUGCUACCUAAGGAUAGUGCCGAAGAUGUCUCACUUUGAGAAGGUGACAACCAAGGACAUAAAAGUGGGGGACAUUAUUCGGGUGUUCCAAGGAGACGAAUUUCCAGCAGAUGCAGUCAUCCUCUACGUUAAGAACAAUUUAAAUGCUAUGGUAGAUUCAUUUAAAAUUGAUGGAUUGUUUAGGAAGAGUAUUAAGUACCCAGUGGAUAAGUACAAAAUCGACAGGGACUAUCUAAAAAUGCUUUCAGAAAUUAACGGGUUCAUUAGAUGCGAACUGCCUAACAAGAACAUAUUCUGUUUUCAGGGGAAUUUCAAGUUGGACAAACACCCGAGGUCGUUAAUGCUAAGCUAUGAGAACUUCGCUCUCCAAUCAUCCAUUCUGAAAGGGGCAGAAUACAUAGAUGCAGUGGUCGUAUACACCGGAGCUGACACAAAAAAAAAUUUAAAUAUUCCUCAGAAAACAGAAGAGAGUAGAACAUUUUGUAUAAAAAUGAACAACGUAGUGUACUACUUAAUUUUCAUGUAUUUAUUUUUUGUCCUCCUAAGUAUUAUAAUAAAGCUGACAUUUUAUCCCACACGUGAAUUUCACCAGAGUACGAAUGAUACCUUCUUAACCAUUUUGGAGGACUUCAUUGGCUUAUACAUUUUGGUAUUACCGAUUAUGAUUUAUUCAGAGAAGAGCCUUAUAUAUAUCAUCCAGAGUUUGAAAAUAGAAAACAACCUACGAUUGAAGGAAGGACCGAACGAUGAGAAGCCCAAAGUUUUUAAUAAAAACAAAAAUGAUGCACUAGGGGCUGUGGACCUCCUGGCAACAGCUCGAAAUGGCAUCCUUGUGAAGAAAAAGGAAGUGUUUGUGUCGUGUGCCGUGAACAACGUUGUGUAUGCCAAAUACGACUUUGUCCAUUCGCGUGGAGAGUUUCGCUUGCCCACGUUGAAUAUCCUGGACGGAGAAAGAAGGAACGUGGCGGAGCUUUUAAACCUGGAUGAAAGAAUUUUCAAAGACCCCGAGAGCGUGCUUUUCCCCUCCAGGGACUUGGGGCUUUUCUUGAGAAUAUUCCAGAACCGUAUGGCUCCGAUUUACAACCCGUUCGUGGAUGACUUGUCGAUGGUCUUGAGGGAGAAAUAUAGGAGUUACCUGAAGGAGGAAAUUUUGAACAAGAACGUGAAGCUGACACCGUUCGUAAAGUCUAAACUAAAUGGGGGCUAUAACCAAUUUUACGAGAACUUCAAGAACAACUACAACUGCAAGGAAGUCAUAGAAGACGCGCGGAGGGGAGAAGACCAGACCAACAAAAUAGAAGAAUUCGUUUUGGGAAUAUGUGGAUGUAACCGGGUUAUUAUCUACAAUGAAAAGUGUCUAGACAUGGGAAUGAGGGAAUAUAAGAGUGAAAAUUACAAUGAUGCAUAUGGGAAAUAUGAGAAGGAAAAUACGAAUGAAAUUGAAAAUGAAAAAAAUGAAAAAAAUACAGAAGAAGCAGAUGAAGAAAAUUUUCACACAAUUGAGUAUGAAGAUAUAUGCCUAUACAACAUUGUCAAGAAUAUAGGGUACCAUGUAUACUGCUAUAAGAACAGAUUAUUCUUUUAUAAUUUAAAAAACCAAUGCCAAGAAUACCAUUUGAUUUGUUUUCAUGAUUUCUUGAAGAGUAAUAAAUUCUCCAUGUGUAUUUUAAAAGACAUAAAGGAGUUAGACAAAGGUAUCCUCUACGUGCGUGGCUAUGAUUUCAAUAUCCUUCCCUACUUAUCCUUAGCCAAAAAUGAUAUAAGCAAAAUAAAAAAAAUUAUCAAACUGUACACUAUGAAUUAUUUGAAGGUUAUUAUGAUCUGCAAAAAGACCAUUAAAAAUGAGGACAUUGGAAAAUAUCUCCUUCUGAAGAGCAUUCGGAAUAGCAACAACAGCAGGUUGUCCUUGAGGUUGUACGAUUUAAUGAAAAUAUUUUUAUUAAAUGAUUUAGAAGUAGUUGGAAUGAUUGGAUUAAAGAACGACUUGAAAGAAGGGGUAGAGGAUGCUUUCCUCGAUUUGGCAAAAUUUGACAUUCGCUCAUGGAUAUUUACCAAUGAGUAUUCCAAGAACACUUACUUGACAGCACUGGAGUGUAAUUUGAUUGCCUCCAAUUCAAACUUAUUUGUAAUUAACUUUUUUAAUCCACAGGAAAAUGAAGGGGGCGAAGGCAUGCAAAAUAUGGAUAACAUGGACAGUGGGAACAGUAUCAACAGCGUCAACAGCGCCAACAAGGUUCAGAAGGAGGAACGCGCUGACAACAUGGAUAACAUGGCAAAUGCCCUCUUCAACAAUUUUACGCUUUCCCUGGAUAAACUCAACUCUACUUCUUACGCCAUUGUAAUAAACGAUGCUAGUAUAAAAAAUAUAAUGAGAAAUGCGCACGCCAUGAAAAUGUUCCUUUCCAUAGCCAUGCGAGCAACGGUGGUCUUAUUUUGCAAGAUGGAUAAUGAGACCAAGGGGAAAAUUAUCAAAAAGGUUCUCUCCCUAACCACCCCUAGGUUAACCAUUCUAGGGGUGGGGUCGACCCUUAAUGAUGCCUAUCUAUUGAAGAAUACCACAAUUAGUGUGUGUCUAAGUUUGAACGAACAGAUUAACGUGCUCUAUAGCAUAUCGGAUUACGUACUGCAGGAAUUUAGGUACAUUAUCGACCUGCUUAUAUUGGGACGGCUGAACAAAAUUUCCCUCAGCCGAUCCUUCCUCUGGAUAAUAUACCUAAAAAUCACCAUCGUCUCGCUGUACUUUUUUCACAAUUUCGAUAAUUUCUUCUCUGGUUCUUCCACCUCGUCCAUCCUCUACACCCAGACGACCUUCGCCGUCUUUCAUUAUUUGCUCAUUAUAGCCUUUUCGGCGUACGAAAUAGAUUUGCCCUACAAAUUUAUUAGGAGAGUCCCCUAUAUCUAUCAGUUUGCGAGAAGGAAGUAUAUCCUAAACAACACGAUAAUAAUUUUAACCAUCCUGGAAGCUAUGCUAAUUUCAUUCAUUUCCUACUACAUCAUGAGGGUGCAUGUGUUUCCCCUGAUAACGCAUCGAACAUUCACCUUCCACAUAUUCAUCCUCAAUUUUUUUAUAACAUCAGAGAAAAUUCUGUUGCUCUCUAGAACAUGGCAUUUGUACUUCUUCACCCUGGCAAUUCUGAUCAUCUGCUUUCUAUUUAUAUAUGUAAAUGUGUACACCUUAAUAGAUUGUUUGAAAAUAGGGAAAUGUGAAUUGAGUCUGUUUCACACGGAGGACUCAUACUUUUGGUUGUCUCUUCUUCCGAUAUUGUAUAUAAACUUUUUCAUAGACAAGGCGGCGAAGUUUAUCAACAAUCGAAUUUACCCUGACAUAGCAGAUUACUUCAGGGAGAACAUUCUGAAGAGAGACCAUAAAGGGUCCUCAAAGGAUAGCACAACAGAGGGAAACAUAAGUGCUAACGUAAAGGACAUGACACAUGGUCCAUUGAAUAUAAAAGGAAAUGUAAAUUUGAAAAAAUUCAUCCCGACGCCCAAGCAGUACAGCAUAAGAGACAACAACACGUACCACAGCAGGACGAAGAAGACAAAAUUCAUCUAUGAGACUUUUAGAAAAGUUAUAGGCAUAAAUAUAAAGUACCGUAAUCAGCAGUUAAACUUGGAAUAUAAAACAUACGAAAAGAGGAACAAGCUAAAAUUGAGGACAAUAGGAAUUGUUUUGUUUGCCAUUUUUUUUAUAAUGUUUUUUGCACAAGCGGUUAUUUCCAAGUGUACGAACAGUAUAAAAUUUUCGUUGAAGACAUUGACGUAUUUUUUAAUCUUGUAUUACUUCUUCGCGACUGUGUGGAUGGUUUUUAUAAGGCUACGGAAUAGAUCCAAUUCGACUCUGUUCUUUUUUAUUGGCAAGCUGGUACUGAUAUUUGGAUUCAUCUUUGAGCUGUAUGAGAAUGUAAGUAACGACAUCAUCAAUAUGUUGGUAGCGUACUCCUUUACCGUUUCAUACAUUUUUUUUCUUUCGUUCAAAAUAUUAGAAGGGAUAAUAAUAUGCACCCUCGUCUUGGUAUUAACUUGUUGGGUGUACUACGAGAAGAACAAAACCUUAGGUUCUAUGUGUGCCAAAUUUUGUGAAGAUCCAUAUUUGAGUUUACUCCAUUUGCAGGAGGUUAACAUCUCAUGUCUCUGCAAACAACAGAUAGUAACCUUCAUCAUUUGCAUGCUAAGCUUCUCCUUCAUCUGCCUGUCGAUGAAAUAUUACGAAAUUUACUACCUAAAAAAGAAGUUUCUAUUUAGAUAUAAACAGAAGGUUAAUUUAACCAAGCAGAUUGAAAUACUACAUACCAUGCUCCCAAGCUUUCUGGUAGAAUACCUCCUCAUAAGUGACCCUAAGGCGGAUGGGAUAAUGGUUGGCAAAAAUAUAUCUGGAGAGGAUAGAGGAAUCAUAUCCGUAAUUUUUUGCGAUAUUGAUGAUUUUCAAAGUAUGGUUUCUACCCUUCAGCCACAUGCCCUUGUAGAAACACUAGACAAUUUGUAUCUAUAUUUUGAUAAGUGCAUAAAGUAUUUUAACUGUAUCAAAAUAGAAACGGUGUUUGAAUCUUAUCUGGCGGCCUCUGGGUUGAGCGAGAAGCAGAAUGACUGCGUGCACAAAAUUAAGUAUGACACGAGGUGUGCCAUUAAACUUGCCAUCGCUCAGCUCAGUGCCAAGUAUUACAUUUCAUAUAAGGUGUUGGAUAGGGAGAGGAAUAACGUGGGGAGUGACAACCUGCGGCAUAGCAGUAGUUAUACGUUGCCAGUGCUCAGUGGCGAAGAUGCUCAUUACGAUAAGUAUACGCAAAAAAAUAUUAGCUUACGUAUCGGUAUACAUACGGGAAAAGCCAUCAGUGGUGUCAUCGGGUCAGUCAAACCGCAGUACUCACUCUUUGGAGAUACAGUCAACACCGCGUCUAGAAUGAAAUCCACUGCGCUUACAGACCAUAUCCAUGUGUCCUACGAUACGUAUAAAUAUUUGGAGGACGACACAUCACUGGUAUGGAAAGAGCGCAAGAUGUUUAUCAAGGGAAAGGGAGAAAUGAGAACGUACCUGUUGGUCGACAUUUUGGACCAUGUGAAGAAAAUCGAAGAAAAUUCAGAGGUGGGGUUAUCAAGUUCUACGUUAUUUGGGAAAACCGAUGAUAUGGUGGAAGGUGAACACAUAGAUAAAGGUGUGGUGGAUGGUGCACACGUGGAUAAAGACAUCGUCGAGGGUGGCACGGAAAAGCUGCACCCGAAAAAAAAAAAGAAGCAGAAGGAACGGCGAUAUAGAGAAGAUCCACAACAAAUUAAUGCCCAAAGUAGAUUAAUUGAAGAGAUACUAGACGUGUACGAAAGGGAAAGUGAUUCUUCCAAAAAAAACAACUGGUAUUAUUACAACAAAGCAGACAACGCAAGUGACAGUAUGAAAAGUAAUGACAUUCCUACCUCCUCCAGAAUCUUUAAUUAUAGAAAGUCCAAGUAUCUUAGUAUGGAUAAGUUAAAAUUAGCAGACACUGUGCGGCCAAACAAUUUAUACGACUUUGAAUCACCGGUAAGUUUAAGAAAGGAAAUUGUUGGAGGGAAAAAAGAAUCGGAUGAAUUUUUUACAUCCCCUUAUGUAGAAGACAAGCACCAGAUGGAGGGUAUCAAAAAGAAGAGAAGAAGUAAAGCCAUUUUGAGAAAAGAUUCCUCCGAUUUUAUGAACCAAUUUGAUACACCAAAUGGGGUAUUAAAGAAAUACAUAAAGGAGAGAAGGAAUUACCAAAGAAAAUUUUACGCGCCCCAUUUUUAUCUUGGAGACCUACUUAAACGAUCUAAUGAAUUUAAAAAGGGGGAGAAGAAGAAAAGAGCAAAGAAGGAGAAACAAGGGGAUAGACGGAAAGCUACACACGAAGAGGGAGUGUCCUACAAUUUUGUGAAUGGAAGCUUCUCAUCCAAUAGGGAAUAUUCUACAGAAUCAGAGUUCUACUUGUAUGAUGAUAAAUUAAGGGAGAGUAAAGGGUACAUAAAUUUUGACGACCUGUUUACCAAAAUAUACAGGAAAAAAAGGAAUAUCCUCCAAGGGGAUAUUCAGCACAUUCCGAAGCAGGGAUUUCUCUUCCCAAGAAAUAUUGCAACAAAAGGAAAAAAAAAAAAAAAAAAAAAAUUGCGCACAAAGGAGGAACUCCAACAAAAUGAUGUACAUAAUGGAGAAUCAAAAAGUGGGAUGCGUAGACAAUUUUUUCAUCACUCGAAGCACAAAGCGGAAAGGAAGGAAGAAGACAUUGCUACCAAAAGUUGCAAUGACUCUUCUUGUGAAGAAGUGCGAAAUGCUUUCCUUCGUCCCAGGGGUAGAAGAAGGUGGGAGGAGGGGAAGCUGGGAAGGGGUUAUAUUCAUGGUGCCCCCCUGACGAGGCGAGCGAGAAGCUGUUUGUUAACAAUGAGGGAUGACCCCUUUUUUGAGGUAAAGAAAUGGAAAGGCAUCAAAAAUGUGAAAAGGAAAAACUUGGAACAAAUGGAUCGAAUGGAUCGAAUGAGUGAUGGAGAACAGGAGGAGAAAGACAGAACGGGUUGGCAAAAGAGGAAAAGAAGUAGAGGUGUUGCGUCCAGUGGUGGGGACAUUACGCAAAAUAGACAGGUUCAAAAAAGGAGGCAUAAAUUCUUACGGGAGGAGGUGCUUCUGGGCAUCGCCAUGGGGAGCAACGUACCCCCACUGGAGAAGGAAGAACGCACAAAAAGAAAAAAAAAAAAAAAAAAAUCGAGUAAAAAUGGAACUCGAGUGAAGCAGCGUCGUCAUCAGGAGAGCCACCCAACGAAGUUGUAUGAAAAUGAUUUGCUCAAAAAGAAAGAGGUAAAUUUUGACAGGGUGGAGCAAGCAAGCCACAAAGAAUCCUCCGCUGUUCAGAUCGGAUCUGGGGUCGGAGAAAAUGCGCAUAAGGAGACCCUCCCAGGAGGGCGAAAUCACCCCACUGCGGAGAGUGGAAAAGUUGAAAAAUCAAAACUGAAGAAGAAAAAAAUGGUGCAGAAAAAAAUCAGCUUUUAUAGCUUGAAGGAUGAAAGAAGUUUGAGCUCGGGAGGCCCUGGGGGAGAGAGCUCCUGUGCUUUGAAGUCGAACGAGACGAACAGCGGUCCGAACGUGGAACCACAGAGUUCCGCAAAGAAGGAAUACUUCUUCACGUACAGCCCUGCGGUAAAAAAAAAGAGAGGUGUGUUAAUGAAGGUGAAUCAGGCGUUUAGAAAGUACUUCAAAAGCAUGGACAUGAGUGAGCGGGGGAUUCCGGCUGGGCAUGGCCGCCCCGAGGAGUUGACUAGAGGAGAGGCAUCCCUCCCCAGUAGGGGUCCACAGACGAGCGAAGAACUGAUGAAGACAAGCAUAACUGUAAGCAACAAAAAUGUAAAUUUCGCCCACAAGUUCGAUAACUAUAACAAAAAUAAGCUUCUAAAGAAAUUGACAUCUACCCUUGAAGGAGGAAAAAAAAAAGUAAGCAUUUUUAACAGGUUUUAUUACAAAUUCAACGAUGAAGAACUGGAGGAAGAAUACACACGAGGGUACUACAGGGAGAUAAUUAACAUUGACUUAACGAAAAAGCUAAUAAUAAUAUUCAUCAUUUCAGAAAUGAUAAUAAGCUUGUGUAACGUGAUAGAGCUAUCCUACUAUAAUCGCAAGAAGGUAAAGGAUUUUGUUGUAAUUAUUUGGCUAAUAAGAUGUAUUUACUUAUUUAUAAUAACAUUCAUAUGGUUAUUACUAAAAAUAAAAUUGAAGGAAUACAAAAAGAAUUCUAGCAAGAUGAUGUGGACAGUUUUCAUUUUAAACAUUUUCCUCUCUUCAUGGUGUAUUAUCAUUAUGGACCUGUCUUGUAUCCAUUAUAGUAAUAUUGUUGGGAAUUCGAGCACUAGAUCUUUAUUCUUUAUGAAAGAUGCAACAGAACUGAUAGUUUGCAUGCAAUUGAUAUUUAUAAAGAAUAUGUUGUUUAAACAUAAAUUUUUUUUUUUUGUGUUUUUCUUCGUUUUUCUCAUUUACUCCUUUUCUAAAUUGUUUGAAAUACAUUUAUGUGAAAUAAGAAUAUGCUCCAGCAUCCUUCUAAUUCUUUUUAUCAACAUAUUAUAUUUUUGGUACACUGAAUAUUUAGACAGAACCCAAUUCUUAGUUAAGAGGAAAAGGAACCGCAUGGAGAAAACGUCGCAUGACUUUCUAACUAGAAUAUUACCGAGACAAGUUCUGGAAGAAUAUCAAAAUGAUAAUUUACAGUUAACCUAUAGUCAUGAAAAAAUCGCUUUCCUAUUUGCCGAUAUUGUAGGUUUUACAAGAUGGAGCAAAACAGUUCCUCCUAAGGAUGUACUAAAAUUAUUACAAAAAUUGAUAUCUAAGAUAGACAAGGAUACUAUAAAAUUGGGAUUGUACAAACUUUUCACCAUUGGAGAUGCCUACGUAGCCACUAGUCAACCCAACUCAUCCAUCACAGAUGAGCGUGAAGCUGUCGAUGGAAUACUAAAUAUUUUUAAGCUCGCUAAACUGAUUCUACAUAACAUCAACACUAUUAAAAUUCAGUUUAACAAACACGAUUUUAAUAUGAGAAUUGGUUUGCACUACGGAUCUUGCGUGGGGGGCAUCAUUGGGUCGGUGAGAAUAAGGUACGACAUGUGGGGCCUGGACGUUCUCAUAGCUAACAAGAUUGAGUCCAAUGGAAUUCCUGGAGAAAUCAUCUGUUCCGAGCAUUUCAAGAGUUUCUUUCUGGAGCAUGAGCCACAAGCGAAACUCAAUUUUUGGUAUUACAAGACAAUCUACAUAAGCGACAAAGAUGUGAAGUUGUAUGUCAUAGAGGACAAAAACUAUGAGGAGGAUUAUGACCCUAAGACGAUCGAUUAUGAUACUUUGUUAAAACUGAGAGAGAAGAAGGCAAAAGGUGGGUCACACAAUUGUAUGGAUAAAUGA